UUAAAUCGAAUAAAUUUCAAUGAAGUAUCGAGAAACGUUAAACAAAUAAUUCCGGCUUAUUGUCGCAUAAUAGAAAAAGUUUAAUCGCGGAAGUGCUUAAAGGAACGUGCAAAAAGCAAAAAUCAAAUUUAAUUAACGUCAUUAAACAAAAAUCAAAUUUAUUUUGUAAUAUACAAUAUAUAUUUAUUCGUCUAACGUAAAAAUAUAACGUUAUAGAUUAUAAUCAUUGAUAUAAAGGAUUAAGAAAAUAUGAAGGAAGGUUAACCUAUGUCUCGAUGUAGCGAAUCAUAAAUGGAUUCGCGAUGACAUUAAUGACAGUUCCUUCGGAUGUUGCGCGUUGCAUAUGGCAACGAGACAGGCCCAGAUCAUUGUACGCUUCUCCAACAAAAUCAACAAAAUUAGAAAAGACAUUUGGAGAUGAAUUUGGUGAUAGUGCGUCGAUCUAUAUACCGUCAAGUAUAUUGUGCAGCCUUGAGGAGGAAGAGGAAAAUGAAAUUCUUAAAGAAGAAAAAGACAAUAAACGACCAUUUGGGUCUCAAUUAUCUAAAACGCUUCCAGAGAUACUUGCGGAUAAGGGUGCCCUAGGUUACUUUAUCCAAUUUAUGGAUACAAGAAAUUCAAUAGCUCUUAUAAAAUUUUGGUUAGAAGUCGAAUGUUUAUGUGGAUCAUUUCCUAACUUCCAUCUUGAAGAUGAAAAUGUGGAGAAUUUGAAUUUUAAGAAUGAUCAUACUACGAAGUCCGAUACCUUCGCAGAUUCAUUGGACGAUAAUGAUAACUUUAAUUGCAAUAUGCUGCAGGGUAAUAUUGAAAAUCGCAAUAGAGAAAAGGGACUGUAUAAUGAAAUUGUAAAUAGUAAUGAUGUAAAAUCAAAUUGUAAUGACAUGCCAAAGAUUAGUGAGAUGCUAAGUGGUAUGCGACAAUCAAAUCGCAAAUGUGAAAAUAAAAGGGGCGAUAUGACAAAUACUAGGGAAGAUGCUUUAAGAAUUUAUAAAAAAUAUAUUAUUAAAGAAACAUUGGGUACUAAUCGAAUUCCUGAGGAACUAAAACUAGAAAUAGAAAAUGCUCUUAAGUGCGAAAACCUAGAGCCUAUAUUACGGUGCCUAUCUAACAUUCAAAAUAUUAUAUUUGAUGUUAUAGAAAAGGAAUAUAUUAAUGACUUCCUUCGAAGUGAAUUUCAUUGUAAACAUCAAAUUGAUGUUUUAACAAGUGGAAAUGUACAAUUAGGAGACAUAUUAUAUAAUGAAACAGCAUUUUUUUAUUUCAUGGAGUUUAUGGAACUUGAAAAUAAACGCGAGCUUUUAGAUUUUUGGAUGGCUGCAAUCAAUUACAAGCAAAAUCUUUUGGAAAAGAAAGAUCCAAUAAAUCCUGAGGAAGCUCAAUCUGAUGCUCUUAUUAUAUACGACAAAUAUUUUAGUUUGCAAGCAACAACGCCACUUGGGUUUAUUGAUAAAAUUCGUUUCGAAGUUGAGCAAAAUAUUUGCCGUGAAAAUGGAGAGGGACCAUUACCUGAUUGUUUUGAUAAACCUUGUAAAAUUGUAUAUAAAUUUCUCAAUAAGCACUAUUUGCCUACCUUUUUAUCAUCGCAGCUGUAUUAUAAAUAUUUGUCAGAAUUGAUCAGUACCAUUCAAAGUAAUCCAUGUUCGAGUUAUCAGCUCAGAGUAAAGAGAGCAGGUUCUGACUGUAGUAGUGAAGUGAGCUCUAUCAGUAACAGUAUGCAAAGUACCCUGCAGGCAGGGAACAAUGCCAAUGGAAUAUUAUCUAGUACUAGUAAUAGUACAAAAACAAGUGCACACAGUAGUAUGAAUAUCGAUACAAGACAACUCUAUGAUCCAGAUUCUUUAUGGAGGCGUAACAAAUAUAGAUUAAGUGUUGGCUACAUCGAUUACUUGGGUAGAUUUAUUACAGAAAUAGAACCUGAUCCAUGUAGAAAAUAUGAAUCACGAUUAGCGCGUGCUGUGAAAAGACUCGUAAAUUUGGAACAGGAUAAGGCGAAAGAAGAACUAGCAUGGAAGAUAGCAGAAAUGAUUAUACGUGACAUUACAUCCUUGACUUUAGGAGCUACAAAUCUUCCAUCUUGAUGGGAUAUACUUUACAUAAUAUGAUCUUGAAAAUGGAAUUUUUGAAGCAUUUUAUAUUAUCACAGAUGCUUGAAAGGUUAUAUUUCAAACAAUUAUUUUAUUAUUACUUAUUACAGGUUAAAAAUGUGUAUGUUUGAAAAAAAAAAG